GUGGAUGUGGCGUUCCCGCCAAUGAAAUACUGCUCGUCACAAGGCACUGGUCACGGCGUCACGCUAAGACCAGGCUCUCAUGGCCCAUGGAUAAUCGGUGGAUCUUUCGUCACGCGAAGAUAUUGCUAUAACUCGUUCAACACCAGGUGGUCGUUAUAGCUCUGGUGAUCAGAAACCAUAUCUCUACUGAAGUGCCCCCUUCUUUCCCGUCGGUCGCGCAUUGCGGCAGUUUUCCCAACAGGAGAUGUCUCGGGAUGGCUCUCCAGGUGUUGAUAGCCCAUACGGGCCUGCGGCUGGAGGUCGAUACCGCACAGUUCUCCAUCCUCGAUGAUCUUAAGGCCUGGGUCUCCAGGAAAACCUCAAUUCCACCACAGCAUAUUGUCGCCUUGACCCCUCAAGGCCGUACCGUCAAAUCCACAAGCCUACAUACAGAGAAAGAGAUGUUCAUAUACGAUAUCCGAAUAAGUUCUCCAGGAAACGCGAACCUCAUCAUUCCAGUCCCGGCUCCGAAGCGGUACGUCAUCCCGAAUGCGCCGAACACGAUCGAUGAUGUACAGUCCAUAUCAUCAUGGCAAGAGCUAUUCAAGGAGCGUCGAAAUUGGGCGAUGCACCUGGUUGAGGACUGCGGGCAAAUGAACACGACAACUGUUGCGCUGUACGACGAGAUAGAUGUUAUCAUCAGAUGCUUGGAUGCGGCUGUUGCAAAUCUCGAAAUCAGCAUCAAGACCAUAGAGCCCAAAUACAACGACCUUAAGAAAUGGGUAACGCCUGCACUGGAAGAGCACGGGACUCUGGUUGAAAACUGGGAGCAAUAUCUUUAUCUCGCCAGAAAAACCCCAAUCUCCCCUUUGAUGGUCAAGUUUAUGACUCGACAAGAGACCAACAAGUCGAACCCAACUUUGGAAGACCUCAUCGAACUUGAUACCGCAAAGAAGGCAGGAAAACUUGCCCCAACAGCUCAUCGAAGGUUCAGCGACAAGGCCAAUCAACUCAACAGCACGGCGUCUCAGAUGUAUAGAAGCUUGGAAUCACUGAUUGCCGACUUCGAGAAGCUCAUGAGCCGAUCUUCUCUUGGCCACAGCACAGCUUCCGCACAAGUCCUUGAAGAUAUCGAGGCAGUAGUGAAGCAGAUGGACUCAGACUACCGGGCGGCACUUGGAUAUGGCAAUACGCAACGAGAUGUAGCGCAGGCUUCCAAGACGGCCUCAGUGCACACCGAACACUUGGUACCGACGCUAAAAAGGCGAGUCAAAGAGAUGGAUGAGCUACUUCACUAUGCAACAGACGCGCGGAAUUCUAUUGCUUUUGAUUCAGCGAAAUUCAUGCGUUACGUUACGGAAAUAACAUCUCUUCAUAACAACGUCAAAAGUCAAAUUAACAUAUUGAAUCAGUCAGUAGAUGACAUGACGACAUUUGAUUAUCUUCGUCUCAUCCACCAGCUGCCUUAUAUGUACGCAGCCUUCGUCUCAGAAGCAGUUCGGCGGCGCGAAUGGGUUGACAAAGUCAAGACGGACUCGUCUACUCUAGCGAACGAGAUGGCAUUGUUUCAGGAUGAAGAGUCAAAGCGACGGCGUAAAUGGCAAAAAAUGAUUGGCAGCAUGUAUGGUCCAGAUCUGGACACCAAUGUCAUGGGCCUGGAGGUCAAUUUGCUUGGGGAAGACAAACCAUGGCCAGCCUUGACCAAAGACGACUUAACAGAUUUCGUGCAGUUGUUGCAAGAGCAGCCUGUCGAUCAGAGUGUAUUGGAUGAUGUGUUGAAGCUUGUACAAGAGCUUGACAAUCCAACAAAGCAGCAAUCCAAACGACUCAAGGCAUUCAAGAACGGAAGUAUUCAUGAAGUGGCCCUUGGCAGGAGUGGCCUCAUGAUUCGAGGCGAUGACGAUUUACUACAGUCACUCCAGGAGGACAAAGGUAAAUUAGAAAACAAAUUGAAGACGGCCGAAAGCCGAGUCCGCCGUCUAGAGGAUUUGCUUCAUCGACAGAGCCAAGCCAGUCGUCCUGGGAAUCUAUUCCAGCCUCAGGGUCCCCAGCAGCGCGAGAGAGGCAACUCUGGGUCAUCUAUCAGAUCGAGCCGUUUUGAUGACCGUAGACGCUCUUCGGACGGCGUCGACCCCUUGAUGCGACGUAUCACUCAGCUAGAAAACGAACUGCGAGAAGAGAAACAGCGGUCUAGUCGACUCCAGCAAGAACUCACGGUGCAAUCGGCUCAUCAUGAGAACAUCAAAGGUCAGCACGAAGACUUGAAAGGCCAGCAUGAAGACUUGAAAGGUCAGAUUGCGGAAGUUAACACUACCAAACAAGAUCUACUCGAGAAUAUGGAGGCCCUCGAACGCGAAUUCGUCGAAGAGCGCAAGAAUCUAGAGAACGAAAUCAAGACUCUCAGAGCACGAUUGGAGGAUACUGAAGACGAAAUCGAACAGUUCGACGAAUCUAGGCAGCACGAGAAAGCCGGAUAUGUUGUACGAGUGGAGGAGCUGGAGGCCGAGUUGGAGCAAAUCAACAAGCAGCGACAAGAUGAUGCCCUCAAAGCGCAAGGGCAAGUCGAGUUCCUUCGCAAGGAAACCCGAAUUCAAAAAGAACAGCAAGAGGCCCUUGAACAACAGGUUCAGUCUGCACAAGAGGAGGCUCAGGACGUCUCGAGAAAAUUGAGUGUUGCUGAAGAGACUCUAGGUGAUCAUUGGCAGACCCUAAGAAGACUAUUUACUGAGCUGCUGCCCGAGGCCGCUGCCCCAGACAACUUUGUAGAUCUUUCGGAUUUGCUACUUACGCAAGCCGGAACUCUCGUUGAAAAGUCCCGAAACUUGGAAGCAGAUAUUGAUAUACUAAAAACCAAGGUUGAACACUUUACGACAACCAUUGCGGAACUCCGAGAACAGCUUGCCGAGAAGGAUACUAAAUUAUCUGAAGGCGACCUGAAAGCGGUCCAUAUGGGUGAGAAAUUGGCUGAGGAGAAAGCAAAGGUGAUCGCACUUGAACAAGAGCUCGCAGAUGGUAGAGAGCAACUUACUGAGUUGCGUGCCAAGCUCAGCGAUGGCGAAAGUGGGCCCGAAGCUCUGCAGACAAGGCUAGAAGAAGAGGAGAAAAGGGUCAUGGCUUUGACCGAAGAAGUGGCCUCCAAACAGUCCCACGUCGGCAGUCUGGAGGAAGAGCUUCGCAUGUUCCAAGAGAAAGCGGAGUCCCUCCAGGGCAAGAUGUCUCACUUGAACAGCCAGUAUGAGCACCGAGACGAGAAGACGAAGGAUCUUACACAGCGCCUCUAUUCUCAAAACGAUCGUAUGUGCCGCCUAUUAGAGCGCGUAGGAUUUGCCGUUACCAGGAAAGAUGGAGAUAUGACCGUUACUAAGAUUCCACGAUCCGAAAGAAAUGCUCAGAAUCCCAACGAGUCCUCUGACCCUGGUUCGUCCCUACGCAAAUCAGGAACUAUAAGCCGUGUCUUGGGUGAUAGCGCUGAUCUCGAACUCCUAUACUGGCUUAACAACUCAGACUUGCAGGCCGAGAAUGAGAAAUAUGAAGCUUUCAUGAACAAGAUUGGCAACUUUGACAUGGAGCUUUUCUCCGAGACUGUUUAUCGCAGGAUCAAAGAAGUAGAGCACAUGGCUCGCAAGUGGCAGAGGGAAGCCCGGUCCUACAGGGAGAAGACACACCUUUUACAAAAGGAUUCACACGACAAAAUUGCGUUCAAGCACUUUAAGGAGGGCGAUCUGGCCUUGUUUCUCCCUACACGCAAUCAGCAAGCUGGUGCGUGGGCCGCUUUCAAUGUGGGUUUCCCUCAUUACUUCCUGCGCGAGCAAGAUGCCCACCGCCUGCGUCACCGAGAAUGGCUUGUUGCCCGUAUCUCGCGGAUCCAAGAGCGUGUCGUCGACCUUUCAAAGAGUCUCCAGCCGAGCAGCGAGACAGAUUCGAUCAACGAUGAGGAGAACGAUAACCCCUUCCAGCUGUCGGAUGGUUUGCGCUGGUAUCUGAUCGAUGCUUUCGAAGACAAACCCGGCGCCCCUUCGACGCCUGGAAUGGGCAAGUCAACUGUUGCGGCUAAUACCGUGGAAGCAACAGCCAACAUUCACACUCAUGCUACGGGUGGAAAGGGUAAGAGUCGGGAUAGCGUCACUAGUAUUGGAGGUAUUAACAAGACUUUAUCCAAGAGUCUUGAGAGCAGGCGUAGCAGUACGGGCUCCAAGAAAGCCCUGCCGUUUCAGCUUGGGGGCACGGCUUUGUCGAAGAAUAGUGCUUUGGCUAGCGAGACCAACUCACUCCGGGCGCAUCCCACCGACACACCAUCCGGCACAAGCCCUACGCACGGGGGGCUCCUCACGGCAGCCAAUGCGAGCCUAACACAGAAAGCUUUGGCAGAAAGGCAAAAGAGCGAGCAAACGGAGAGUCCGAGCAAGUCUCCUUCUGGCGAGUCAUCAAACCAAGGCGGCAGCGCCAAAGCGGACGAGGUACGAAACGUCGAUACCCUUCUUGGACCAUAAUGAUGGGUUGCUGACGGCCAGUUAGCAGCCUUGGAAAGCUGUGCAACGGGAGGAUUCGGCUGAGAGUCCGACAAAAAAGUCUGUUGUUUGGGAUUCUCUGUGGAGUGUUGACUAUAAUUAUGAGAGUGCAGGUAGAAAGUAGUUGAAGUUUGGUGGCUCGUGUAUGUGCUCGUACAGGGCCAAUUCUUCUUGCGUUUACGAAGUUUUUACUCUGGGAAACGAUGGGUGUUAUUCACUUUGUUGGGCGCAUGAGCAGUAUGUGGAAAGCAAAGGAAUAGAGUUCAGGAGCCUUUCGGAUGGACAGCUAGGAUGGGAAAUGGAGAUUUGUUUACGGUUUACAGGGUGAGACGCAAAGGGAAAGGCCAUGAUUCCCUUUUGUGCUAUGUUUCAAUUCACUCACUGCAUUAGACACUCACGCCUCUGUCACAUAAGGUUCACGUUAUAUUUAGAGUUGUCAGAAGGUGUUUGGGGGAGGCAAGAAAACUUCUAAUUCAUAUACCAAAUGGCAAAGAGAUACAGGUGAAGACUACCUAGGUAGUCAACCUUUGGAUUAGUUCUUUUUUUCUUCUUGGCAUUAAUCCCUGGUAAGAAUUUUUCUUGUAUUCAGGAGGCUAUAUAUCAUCUUGCUUUAUCAAACUAUCUGCACAAAAGCAACUACCCACCCAACUAAGGUCUGUUUAACUGACCAAACCAAAUAGAGAAGGUGGUUUUCGCGAGAAUUCUGGGAUCUUGGCAGAGGUAUCUGGCGCCUAUGGUUAGGCGUCAAGGCCUGAUAGGAGGAAGCAAUGAGAUUGGGACAGUGUAUACGAGACAUAUACAAGAAAUAAUCAUCGGGAGUCUUGGCCGGGAGGUCACCGUCUUGGAUGGAAAAGAUGGAAUCUCCUGGACCAUUACGGCUCCGUCUCUGAGUCAUACUGCACGACAAAAUGGAUCUGGCCGCCGGGCUGCAGACACUUCUUCAACCAAUAGAUAUAUGUUGGGAAUCCCACGAGUUCUUCGUCAGGAUCAUCAUCGCUUUCGUCGCUGUCUUCUGAGUGACUUUUGACGACAGUACUUGGGACAUACUCCUGGCUCUCGAGGGUUUUAACCCAAAAGUCCUUGCCCAACUUACAGUAUUGCUGUCGUACCGGAAGGCCAAGAACAACGAGUGUCUUGAGUUUCAAAUGCAUUCCCAUCUGAACACAAAAGGUCUUGAGUGCCACGUUUGGACCAUCGUUCCAGGGUCCUGAAAGAUCAAGACAAAGGCUCUCGAGGCCAGUCAUCAAAGGCCAGUCCAGCUUAAGAAGAGCUAGACGAUCCGCUUCCCGUUUGCUAAACAAGACGUGAUGGAAUGCAAUGUGCAUGUCAGCAUCCAUAUUAUGGGGGACUUGAGAGAUAAGAUACUCAUGUACUUUCAUGUCUUCGAGUUCUUCAUCCUCUAAUACCCAUGGAGAAGUUAGAAUCAUGACGUGACCUCGUCGUUGGCACGCGAGACGAUCGUCGUUUGCAUGCAGCUUCUUAACGUAGGCAUUACGGUUAGGGCCGUCAACUCCACCAUAGGUAUCGAUAGCGAAGGGAAUAUCAUCCAUGAUGUUACCGGUGAGGACAAGGAGGUUCCCGGCCUCACGGCGAAAUGCUCCGAGAUCUAGAUUCCC